UUUCACUUUCCAUAACGCUCUCUUCUUCUUCUCCUCCUCCUCCUCCUCCUCCUCUUCUAAAAUCUUCAAAACUCAAAUUCAAAAUCAAAAUUCUCCAUCGAUACUGAUUCCUUUCAAAAUUCCAGCAACUUUAACUCUUUUUUCUUUCCCCCCCUUUUCUUCUUUUCGUUUUUUGAUUUUUCAUUCUUUGCUUUCUUGGUGUGUUCUCUCUCACGCCAACAAGGUUCAACUUCCAAUUAGAGAGAAAUUUGUGCGAAUUUAUUACUUUUCUUUGAUUUUACCUCCCCAAUUCUCGACUGGGUUUGAUUCGAUCUGCCAUGUCUGCCCAUAAUCGUCGCCCUUCCUUUUCUUCCUCCACAACGUCCUCCUUGGCCAAACGGCAAGCGUCCUCCGCGUCUUCAUCGGACAAUGUGGGUAAGGUUUUGGCAGUUCCGCCACAUUUGGCCAAAAAGCGAGCGCCACUUGGAAACCUAACGAAUUUUAAGAAUGUGUCUCACAGUGCGGCCAAGAGCUCUGGUCCGCCUCCUAUUAUGGUGCCUUGUGCAACCAAAGCUCUAAAGGCCAGAAAGAGUUCCCCUGCAAGAACUCGCAGCACUAACAUGCCAGUGACUAAUACAACCACAAUGCUUGAUGUCAAAACAACGAAUCCAGUUGCUCCUAGCAACGUUACAGCUUUCUCAAGAACUGACGCCACGGCUGUCUCCAGUUGUAUGGAUGUCUCUCCCUCUAAAUCAGAUGGAGUUUCGGUUUCCUUAGAUGAAACUAUGUCGACUUGUGAUUCUUUUAAGAGUCCUGACGUCGAGUACAUGGACAAUACUGAUGUCCCAGCUGUUGAUUCUGUUGAGAGGAAGACUAAAAGCAGUCUCUGCAUUUCAGGCCCUGCACCAAUUAGUUGUCAGGCACCAAUUAAAGGUAGCAUAUGCAAUAGAGAUGUACUUACAGAAAUGGAAAUAGAUGGCAACAUUGUCGAUGUUGAUACGGAUUUCAUGGAUCCUCAGCAAUGUGCUACAAUUGCUUGUGACAUUUACAAGCACUUACGAGCAUCUGAGGCAAAGAAAAGGCCUUCUACAGAUUUCAUGGAGAAGAUUCAGAAGGAUAUAAAUUCAAAUAUGCGUGCCAUACUGGUUGAUUGGCUUGUGGAGGUAGCAGAAGAGUACAGGCUUGUGCCAGACACUCUAUAUUUGACCGUGAACUACAUUGAUAGAUUCCUAUCUGGGAAUUCGAUGGAUCGACAACGAUUACAGUUGCUUGGUGUUGCUUGCAUGAUGAUUGCUUCAAAAUAUGAAGAGAUAUGUGCGCCUCAAGUGGAAGAAUUUUGCUACAUUACCGAUAACACAUAUUUUAAAGAAGAGGUUUUGGAAAUGGAAUCGUCUGUCUUGAAUUACUUGAAGUUCGAAAUGACAGCUCCAACACCGAAAUGUUUCUUAAGACGAUUUGUUCGUGCUGCUCAAGGCGCCACCGAUGAGAGCAGCACCUAUGAGGUUCCAUCAAUGCAGUUGGAAUGCUUGUCCAACUUCCUUGCCGAAUUAUCUCUUUUAGAAUACAGUAUGCUCUGCUACGCACCGUCACUUGUAGCUGCCUCGGCAAUCUUCUUGGCAAAGUUCAUUCUUCUUCCAACUAAGAGACCAUGGAACUCCACCUUGCAGCAUUAUACACAUUAUCAGCCUUCCGAUCUUGUCGACUGCGUUAAAGAUUUACAUGGCCUCUGCUGUAACAACACUCAUAAUUCUAGCUUACCAGCCAUCAGAGAAAAAUACAGCCAGCAUAAGUACAAACAUGUGGCGAAGAAGUACUGCCCUCCAACGAUACCACCGGAGUUCUUCCAAAAUCAAACACAUUAAAUUUGUAUUCCAAUGCACUGUUGGAUUAUAGUAGUAGUAGCAGCCUGACUUAACAGCAGUUAGAGGAUAGAGACAUAAAAUGCUCCUCCCCUCCCCUCAUUUUUGUGGAUCUUUCCCCCCUUUCCUUUGUGUAAGAGUCUUGGAUGUGUAAGCCAAUGCCACUGGUUAUUCUGCAUAACGUCGGGAUCUCGGCGGUUGUAUCGUUGUAACGAAUUACAGAAUACCAAAAUGCCGAGAUUUGUACAAAGUUCAUAUGCUUAA